AUGUCCAAGACGAAGUCCGCUACCAAGGGCAGCAAGGCCGACAAGGCUACCGACAAGGUCCUGUCCAAGGUCAAGGAUGCUGGUGUCACAAAGGCUUCUCAGUCCCCCAAGGCUAAGAGCAAGGAUAUUGCUCGCAAGGUGAAGGCCAAGGAAGAGAAGGCCUCUCGCAAGAAGAAGGAGCCUACCCCCAGCUCUGAGUCCGAGUCCGACUCUGACGAGGAGAUGAAGGAGGCUUCCUCCAGCGAGAGCGAGAGCGAGAGUGAGGAGGAGAAGGAGACCAAGAAGCCUGCUGCUAAGACCACCAAGGCCGCUGCCAAGAAGGACGAGUCUUCUGAUUCUGAAUCCGAGUCUGAGUCGGAAUCUGAGGAUGAGAAGCCCGCCCCUAAGGCUAAGAAGGCUGCUGCCAAGGAGGAGUCUUCCGAGUCUGAAUCCUCUGACUCCGAGUCCGAGGAGGAAGUGAAGACUGACAAGAAGGCCGCCGCUAAGGAGGAUGCUUCCAGCGACGAGUCCGACUCUUCCGAGAGCGAGUCUGAGGCUCCUGCCAAGAAGGCUGAGUCUGACUCUGAGGAUGACUCUGACUCUUCCGAGUCUGAGGAAGAGAAGGAGGCACCCAAGAAGCGCAAGGCUGAGGAGGAGCCUGCCACCAACUCCAAGAAGUCCAAGACUGAAUCCGCCGACAACUCUCCCAACCUUUUCAUCGGCAACCUUUCCUGGAACAUCGAUGAGGAGUGGCUCCGCCGUGAGUUUGAGAGCUUCGGUGAGCUCAGUGGUGUUCGUAUUAUGACUGAGCGCGAGACCGGUCGCUCCCGAGGAUUCGGUUACGUUGAGUAUGCCGAUGCCUCCAGCGCCAAGGCCGCCUACGAGGCUAAGAAAGACACUGAGCUCGACGGCCGUACCAUCAACCUCGACUACGCCAAGCCCCGUGAUGCCAACAGCCAGGCUCCCAGAGAGAAGGCCCAGACCCGCGCCCGAUCAUUCGGCGACCAGACCAGCCCUGAGAGCAACACCCUUUUCAUUGGCAACCUUGUCUUCGGUGUUGACGAGAGCGCUGUUCGCGAAGUUUUCGAAGGCCAGGGACAGAUCCAGGGAGUCCGUCUCCCCACCGACGCUGAGACCGGCCGCCCCAAGGGUUACGGUUAUGUCGAGUUCUCCUCUGUCGAUGAGGCUCGCCAGGCCUUGAAUGACCUCCAGGGUACCGACAUUGGCGGACGUGCUAUCCGCCUCGACUACAGCACUCCUCGUCCCCAGGGAGAACGCCAAGGAGGUGGUCGUGGUGGUUUCGGCGGCCGUGGUGGCCGUGGUGGCCCUCGUGGUGGUGGUGGCCGUGGUCGCGGUGGCUUUGGCGGUCGUGGUGGCCGUGGUGGUGCUACCGGUGCCAACUCCACCAACCGUGGUGGUGUCGGAGAGUUCUCUGGCAAGAAGAUCUCUUUCGAUUAA